AUGCUUGUGUCUCAAGCAGGCGAUGAAAAUGUAGCCAGCAAAGACCUGUCAUAUUCAAUUUGCCGGUAUCUUUUGGGUUUGUUGCAAGCUCAGAGGGAUGCUGAUCGAGAACGACGCCUGCGCGCCGAUAGCGAGACGCGCGCCAAACAGGCCCUUCAGGAAACAGCUCGCUGCCGGUCCAGGCUCAAGCUGCUCACCACCGAAUUCCAAAGGUAA